AUGACAGCUCAACUUAAAGCUCACAUCGACGAAAUCGGCAAUUGCUCCCUGAGCGAUACCAUCCAAGCCAUCGCAGACCUUCUUCCAGGUCUUACAGGAUACGUAUCCCCAACCUGCCAAUACGUGAUUACUCACCAAGACUACUCAGGCGAUGCACCUUUAAAUGAUUUGGGAGGAAUCUUUCUAAAGUGCGCUAAACGCUGUACGAACGAGAACGCUUCAUUCCAAACCCGCCUUCUCCACCACUCACUUGAGAAACCCAUCGAGGAGCUAUUCAUCAAUCUCUACAACUUCGCCAAAGCGGGAAUUGAAAUUGGUCUGAUCAAACGCGAGCCUCUUGAUGAAGAGCAGGCUGCAGUAUGUGCUUGCUGUCGUGGAGACCCGGAUGCCGUUAUCCUCCUAGGAUUCCAUCAGGGCAAAGCUUUUUACUACAUGGAGAAGGAGUUUCGUGAUAAUUGGGGAGAUGCUGCGGAGUCUGCUUGGUCUACUUCUUGGAAUGAAGAGACGGAUGAGCCUGUACAUCGUUUGAUGGCUUCGAAAGCACAGGUUGAAGAGGCUUUGGCGCGCACUGACGUGGUGGUGGCUAGACUCUAA